CAGUUCACUCAUUUGUUUAGGCAGUAGGGAGGUUCUGUCAGGGUCUGGAUUGGAGUAACAAAGUGCCGGACCCUGCUUUUUAUGGUUGGAGUCUGAGGAGUUAAAACAGGAUUCCCCUUGCCUCAAAGAGUCUACAUGUCUAAUAUUUAGACAUGUUCAGCUUUGUGGAUAUUCGGUUAGCGCUGCUGCUCAGCGCAGCAGUGCUAUUGGCAAGAGGUCAAGGAGAGGACGAUAGCGGAUUCGGCAGCUGCUCGUUGGACGGCCAACAGUACAACGAUAAGGAUGUAUGGAAACCAGAACCCUGCCAGAUCUGCGUCUGCGACAGCGGAACCGUUAUGUGCGACGAAGUGAUUUGCGAGGACACAACCGACUGCGCCGACCCUAUCAUCCCCGACGGCGAAUGCUGUCCUAUCUGCCCCGAUGACUCCGAGAGCGAGGAUCCCCAGUUACCAGAAGGUCCUCAGGGACCACAGGGAGGUGAUGGCCCCAAGGGUGACGAUGGUCCUGAGGGUGUUCCAGGUAACGAUGGCGUGGAUGGCCAGCCUGGCCUGCCCGGCCCCCCAGGCCCCCCUGGACCUCCUGGCCUUGGCGGCGGAGUCUUCUCUCCUCAGAUGCACCAUGGUUAUGACCAGAAAUCCAGCGGUGGCCAGGCCCAAAUGGGACAGAUGGGCCCUAUGGGGCCCCGUGGUCUUGCUGGCCCACCAGGCAACACCGGUCCCCCCGGUCACCAUGGUCCCCCUGGCGAGCCCGGUGAGCCUGGCGGUUCUGGUCCCAUGGGUGAACGUGGUGCAAUGGGCCCCCAGGGCAAGAACGGAGAUAAUGGUGAGCCUGGCAGGUCUGGUCGCCCCGGUGAGCGUGGCUCCGCUGGCCCUCAGGGUGGGCGUGGAACCCCCGGAACUCCUGGGCUCCCCGGCAUCAAGGGACACAGAGGUUUCAACGGUAUGGAUGGCGCCAAGGGAGACGGUGGCCCAGCUGGCCCUAAGGGAGAGGGUGGUUCCCCUGGAUCCAGUGGCAACCCCGGUGCUAUGGGUGCACGUGGUCUUCCUGGUGAGAGAGGUCGCCCUGGACCCGCUGGCUCUUCUGGUGCUCGUGGUAACGAUGGUAACUCUGGUCCUGCUGGAUCUAAUGGACCCACUGGCCCAUCUGGUGCCCCUGGAUUCCCCGGAGGUGCUGGAGCUAAAGGAGAGACUGGUCCUCAAGGAGGACGUGGCUCAGACGGACCCCAAGGAUCUCGUGGAGAGCCCGGUAACCCCGGACCCGCUGGUGCUGCUGGACCCUCUGGUGCCCCUGGAGGUGAUGGCCAAGCAGGAGGCAAGGGUUCCACUGGUGCUGCUGGUAUCUCUGGUGCUCCUGGUUUCCCAGGAACUCGUGGCCCCGCUGGACCCCCUGGAUCUGGUGGUGGACCCGGCCCCAAGGGUAACCAUGGUGAGCACGGAGCCCAAGGCCCCAAGGGAGAGCCCGGUGUAAAGGGAGAGCCUGGUUCCGCUGGUCCCGGUGGACCCCCUGGACCCUCUGGCGAGGAGGGAAAGAGAGGUGCCCGUGGUGAGCCCGGUGGAGCUGGUGGUGUUGGACCCCCUGGAGAGCGUGGAAUGCCUGGUAUGCGUGGUUUCCCCGGCUCUGAUGGAGCUGCCGGUGGCAAGGGUGGCCCUGGUGAGCGUGGAGCCAAUGGACCAAUGGGAGCCCAAGGUGCCACUGGUGAGGCUGGUCGUCCUGGCGAGCCUGGCAUGCCCGGAUCCAAGGGUAUGACUGGUAGCCCUGGUAGCCCCGGACCCGAUGGGAAAGUUGGCCCUGCUGGUGUCACUGGAAACGACGGUCGCUCCGGACCCCCAGGCUCCUCAGGAGCCAGAGGUCAGCCUGGAGUCAUGGGAUUCCCCGGACCCAAAGGACCUGGUGGUGACAAUGGCAAGCCCGGUGAGAGAGGUGAAGCUGGAGCUGUUGGUGGUCUUGGUGCUCCUGGUAAAGAUGGUGACUCUGGUGCUCCUGGACCCCAAGGGCCUGCUGGUUCUCAAGGAGAGAAAGGAGAGGGCGGCCCCGCCGGGCCUAAUGGAUUCCAAGGUCUGCCUGGAACUCAGGGAGCUACUGGUGAGCCUGGCAAGGCUGGUGAGCAGGGUGGGCCCGGUGAGGUUGGAGGUCCUGGCCCCAGUGGAUCCAGAGGUGACAGAGGUUUCCCAGGUGAGCGUGGUGGCAUCGGAUCUGCUGGCCCCGCUGGACCCCGUGGAGCCAAUGGUUCUCCCGGUAACGAUGGAGCUAGGGGUGAGAGUGGUGCUGCUGGUGCCCCUGGCGGUAUGGGAGCCCCAGGUCUGCAGGGAAUGCCCGGAGAGCGCGGCUCAGGCGGCAACUCUGGUGCCAAGGGAGAACGAGGUGAUGGUGGCCCCAAGGGAGCCGACGGUGGCCCUGGAAAAGACGGCAUGCGUGGUAUGACUGGACCCAUCGGACCCCCUGGACCCACUGGUGCUCAUGGAGAGAAGGGUGAGGGUGGUCUCGGUGGCCCCCCUGGCCCCACUGGAGGUCGCGGUUCCCCUGGUGAGCGUGGUGAGCAUGGUGCCCCUGGACCUGCUGGAUUCGCUGGACCCCCUGGUGCUUCUGGUAUGCCUGGUCCUGGUGGGAGAGUCGGUCCUCCUGGUGGAAGUGGAGCCCCCGGAUCCGCAGGCCCCCCAGGCCCCGCUGGUAAAGAGGGACAGAGAGGUGGACGUGGUGAAACUGGUAUCGCUGGUCGCCCCGGUGAGGCUGGAGCCGCCGGACCCCCAGGUCCCUCAGGAGCCUCUGGAGCUAAGGGUAACGAUGGUCCAAUGGGAGCCCCAGGAACCCCCGGACCCGGAGGUAUUGCUGGACAGCGUGGUAUUGUGGGUGGCCCCGGAGGAAGGGGACCCAGCGGUACUCCAGGAAUACCAGGAACAGCUGGAGAGCCCGGUAAGCAGGGACCUGGCGGCCCCGUCGGUGAGCGUGGCUCCCCUGGCCCCAUGGGACCCCCUGGCUUGUCUGGUGCUCCCGGUGAAGCUGGUCGUGAGGGUUCCACUGGUCACGAUGGUGUUUCUGGCCGCGAUGGACCCCCCGGCCCCAAGGGUGACCGUGGUGAGAAUGGUAAUGCUGGUUCCCCUGGUGCUCCCGGACCUCCCGGUGCCCCCGGUCCCUCUGGUGCUUCUGGCAAGACUGGUAGCCGCGGAGAGUCUGGUCCUGCUGGUCCCGCUGGCCCUAACGGUCCUGCUGGUGGUCGUGGUGGUCUUGGACCUGCUGGUGCUCGUGGAGACAAGGGAGAGGCUGGAGAGGGUGGAGAGAGAGGCCACAAGGGACACAGAGGUUUAAACGGCAUGCCCGGUCUUCCUGGACCCUCUGGUUCCCCUGGCGAGUCUGGGCCUGCUGGACUUAACGGACCUUCUGGACCCCGAGGACCCCAUGGUUCUUCUGGCUCCACUGGCAAAGAUGGCAUGAACGGUCUGCCUGGACCCAUUGGACCCCCCGGACCCCGUGGUCGCAACGGAGAGAUGGGAGCAGCUGGUGCUCCUGGUUCUCCUGGUCUGCCCGGACCUCCAGGUCCCGCUGGUGGCGGCUUCCAUGUCGCACCGAUCUACAACCAGGAGAAGGGACCUGACCCCAUGCGAGGAGGAGGAGGAUACCACUACCGCGCUGACGAGCCUGACAUGAUGAACGGCCGUGACAUGGAUGUGGACACCACCCUGAAGAGCCUCAGCCAGAAGGUGGAGAACAUCCGCAGCCCCGAGGGAUCCCAGAAGAACCCCGCCCGCAUGUGCCGUGACAUCAGGAUGUGCCACCCCGAGUGGAAGAGCGGCCAGUACUGGGUGGACCCCAACCAGGGCUCUCCUCUGGAUGCUGUCCAGGUCUACUGCAACAUGGAAACCGGAGAGACCUGUGUCUAUCCAUCCCAGGAUACCGUCCCCAUGAAGAACUGGUACACCAGCAAGAACAUCAGGGAGAAGAAGCACGUCUGGUUCUCAGAGUCUAUGGACAAUGGCUUCCAGUUCCAGUAUGGUAGCGAGGGAUCCAACCCAGAAGACGUCAACAUCCAGCUGACCUUCAUGCGCCUGAUGUCCAACGAAGCCUCCCAGAACGUCACGUACCACUGCAAGAACAGCAUUGCCUACAUGGACGAGGCCACGGGCAACCUGAAGAAGGCCCUGCUGCUCCAGGGAGCCAACGAGAUCGAGAUCAGAGCCGAGGGCAACAGCCGCUUCACAUACAGCGUCAGCGAGGACGGCUGCACGUCACAUACUGGCACAUGGGGCAAGACAGUCAUCGACUACAAGACAUCAAAAACAUCUCGCCUGCCCAUCAUUGACAUCGCUCCUAUGGACGUUGGUGCACCUGAUCAGGAGUUUGGCGUCGAAGUUGGCCCCGUCUGCUUCGUAUAAAAAAAAAAAGAAAUGUGGACAUGAAAUUGUUUUUUUUCUAGCCGGCAUCUCUAAUUCUAUUUUCUAUGCAUUACCUACAAACUCAUUUGGUUGCCAAACAGUUCCACGAGUUUGAAACUACUCUGCUGAAGACGUCGUUUGUGUGUUUUUGAUUCUGAAUAAUUUGUUUGAGGGGACUGCUACUUCAACCGAAACCUACAACAAGCAAGGACACUUAAAAAAAAAAAUUUUGUUUCCACUGGACACAAGAAAAUGAUUUUAAGUCGUAAAGUGUAAAAUCUCCCCUGGAGAAACACAAUGAGAUACAGGUGACUUUUUUUACCACUGCGGAAGGACAAUGAAACCAUCAAAUGCUAUGUACCAUUUUCUGGUAUUAAAUACAUCUUAAAAAUCGAGUGUCUUGUUCUAAAUUCAUGACAAAAAAACAUCUGAAAGUUCACCUUCACUUUAAAUACCUUAAUGGCUACCUCAGAGAAGAAGUCCAUGUUACCCAACAUGUUUCAUGAACUCUAGGUCAGAUUUUACGCUACAGGAGUAUUAUUAGAAAGAAAACAACUGUCAAAAGGUGCUAUAAUAUCAACACAUGAGGUCCAGUUAUUGGUAUUUGAUAGAGAAUUCCUUUCCUGUCAUAAUUAGCUAACAACCAUCGGAUCUUUGGUGCUAACAAAUCAACACAAUGUCUUCCUUGUUGUCAAUGUAGUUCAAUUGUUUUCUUUGUCAAGUGUUGGUUAAUUAACAGUUCCGGAAUAUGACUUACUGUGGAUAUAAUUCAUGCUAUGGUGUCUGGUGCAGAUUUAAGCAAGUGGUUUUGUUUUUAGUUAUAUUUCAUUUCCCCUGCCCCCACCUGAUGUUUAAGUGUCAACCCUUUAUGUGUGCCUUCCCCUUCCGAUUGUCCCUUUCACUGCACCACUCAACCCCCCCCAUCCUUUCGUUUGUGUUUUGUUUGUUGAAAAAAUAGAGUUUCUAAAAAAAGAAAAGAGUAAAAAAAAUCUGAGAAGCAGACACACUUCCAUGGUUUUGAAAAAAGAGAAUCUGUACUGAUGUUGUACAUGUAUAAUAAAUCAAGAUGUUUUUAAUUAUUUGGAUACUGAAUAAAGCAUGUGAAGUGGUCUACUCAAUGUUUGACAUGUCA